AUGUCGUUGUCGCCGCCAUUAAUGGCGCAUGAGGCCGACGCUGUGAUGCCACCAAAUUUUAUAGAAUUUUACGACUCGAAAUCAAAAUUCAAAAGAUGGGUCCAGCGUCUGGAAGGAGCGUUUAACCUCUAUAAAAUAAAACCGAAUAAAAAAAAUUCGUAUUUCUUGCAUUACAUAGGAUCAGAAUUGUAUGACACCUUGUGCGAUUUGGUCUCACCAUCACAGCCUGAAACCAGGACAUAUGAAGAAAAUAUCGCAUCGUUGACAAACUACAUUGAUCCAGUUCCGUUGGAGAUUGCAGAAUAUUUCGCUUUCCAUCACAGGGGUCAGCAAGAAGGUGAGACAAUAAAAGAAUAUAUGGCAGUGCUUAGGAGAAUGGCGGCUGGCUGCAAUUUCGGAUCUUUCUUGGAAACCGCUUUAAGAAAUCAGCUUGUUUGUGGCCUUACUUCGCAGAAGAUCAAGGACAGGUUACUAGAGACAAGAAAUUUAAAUUUACAAACAGCGUUUGACAUUGCAAUAGGAAUGGAGGUGAGUCAGGUGGAGAGUUGUAAAACUAGAGAAGUGAACAUAGUUCAAAUGAACAUGAAGAGACGGCAGCCAGUUACACACAAUUUACAGGCUAAAAAUAGCUCGGUGCACAGUGCUCCUCCGAAACCAUGUUAUCGCUGUGGAGGGGAUCACAGUGCAAGCAAGUGUACGUGGAUAAAUGCAUCUUGUAAUUACUGCCACAGAAUUGGCCAUAUUAAGAAGAUGUGCCUUAAGUUAAAAAAUAGCCAAAAGGUUAAUUUGGUGGAUGUUGAAGAGUCGGAGCAAGAUGUUGUUCAGUUUGUGAGUGAAUCAGAGAUAAAAUAUGUAGUGAAUAAUUGUUUAAUUACUAACACUGCAAAAGAUAAUGAUAGUAGUAAAUUUUUGGUAUCAGUAAACUUUGGUAAAGUUAAUUUGUACAUGGAGCUGGACACAGGCUCAGCUGUAUCUGUUAUUAGCAAACAAGAUUAUACUAAAAAGUUUCCUGAACUAACCUUAAUUAAGACAAAUGUAAAAUUGUGUACUUAUUCUAACCAUUAUUUACAUGUUUUAGGUCUAAUUAAGGUCACUGCAUCAGUGGGAACAGAGAAAUGUGAAAACCUAAACCUAUAUGUAGUUGAAGGUACUAGGCUCCCACUACUUGGCCGGGAGUGGAUUCGAGCAUUCAAAUGGACCAGUUUUGGAGACUGUUUAGCACCAAUUCACAGCAUCGAGACAGGGGUACACUGUUUCAUUGAUGAUAUUAGAGUAACUGGAUCUUCGGACAAAGAACACUUAGGAAGGUUAGACUUAGUAUUGACACGUCUUUCAGAUUAUGGGUUAAAGAUAAAUUUGGAAAAAUCAGAAUUCAUGAGGGAUGAGAUAGAAUAUUGCGGUUAUAAAAUCAGCAAGAGAGGCCUACACAAGGCAGAUCAGAAAAUAAAAAGUGUUGUAAAUGCUCUCACACCUAAAAGUGUAUCAGAAUUGCAGGCUUUACUUGGUUUAGUAAAUUACUAUGGGCGUUUCAUUCCAAAUUUAAGUGACAUUCUAGAACCUUUGCAUGAAUUGUUGCGUAAAGGGAAGGAGUGGGUAUGGACAGAUAAUUGUGAAAAAUCAUUAAACAAAAUUAAAGAGCACAUGAUGUCAGACACUGUACUUGCGCACUACUCACCUGAUUUACCCUUGAUUGUGGCCACGGACGCAUCGCCGACGGGGGUGGGAGCGGGUUUUAAUUAUAGUAUUAGAUAUAAAACUUCCAAAGCAAAUGCGAACGCGGAUGCGCUAUCCCGUUUGGCAGCAUUUGACGAAGAACGUAUUUCUCUAGAGGAAGCUGACAUUUUUCAAAUGAGCCUAAUGAAUGUUCUGCCGGUUACUGAACCCGACAUUGCACAAGCGACCCUUGAGGACCCAACGCUAAAACGUUUGUUGGUUGGGUUAAAAUCAGGUAAGAAAAUUGCCCAUUUGGAGAGGUUCGGAAUAGAUCAAUCUGAGUUUAGUUUAUAUAAAGAUUGCAUCUUAAGAGGUUCACGUGUCCUUGUCCCUGAAAGGUUUAGACAGGUGGUUUUGAAUGACCUCCAUUCCGCUCAUUUUGGCACAAGCAAAAUGUUAGCUUUGGCACGCAGCUACUGUUGGUGGCCUGGCAUAGACCAAGAUGUACGGAACAUGGUCAAGAACUGUGCGGAGUGCUGUCUUAAUCAAAAUAAACCUUCACCUGUUGCACCCAAACAUGUUUGGGAGUUCCCUUCCAGACCUUUUGAACGAGUUCACGUUGAUUUUGCGGGUCAGUUCUUAGGGGUUUAUUUUUUGGUACUGGUUGAUGCAUACUCAAAAUGGCCAGAAGUACACAUAAUGAAUAAGAUUGAUACAGAGUCCACGUUAGAGGUAUUGGAGCGAAUUUUUUCUACUUUUGGCUAUCCAGAUGUGUUGGUAAGUGAUAAUGGUUCUCAAUUUGUGAAUCCAAAAUUUCAGGAAUAUUUAAAAUGUCACAACAUAAUACACAAGCGGUCAGCUCCAUACAAUCCAGCCACAAACGGCCAGGCUGAGCGUUAUGUACAAAUAAUAAAAAAUAAGUUAAGGUGUCUUAGAGCUAACAAGAAUAAAAUGCAGAAAUGUUUAAAUCAAAUUUUAUUUCAAUACCGAAUAAUGCCUCACACAGCCACUGGGAAAACUCCUAGCGAAUUAAUAUUCAAUUUUUGUGUUAAAUCAAAUUUGUCAGCAAUGUGCCGGCAGUCUAACAAUGAUGUAGAAAAAGCGAGAAAACUACAUGUCGGUGAUCGGGUAAUUGCUCGCAACUACUCUGGCCAAGAGAGGUGGAAAUUUGGUAGAAUCAAUAGGGUCCUAGGCUCUUUACAUUAUGAAAUAAUAAUGGAUAAUGGCUUACUAUGGCGUAGGCACAUUGAUCAGUUGAGAAAGAUUGGAGAAAAUGUUAGAUUGGUACGAGAUAAUGAUUGUAUAUCUCAGGACUGGGCCUUAGACAAUAAUUCAGAAAAAGUUUUGAAUUCUCCGGGGUUGAGUGAUACAGUUUCCUCGGAAGUUAAAGAUAAUGAAACGGAACAUGGCCCAGGCCUGACGGCUGAUAUUUCUCAUGAAGUUUCUAAUCCUCAGGAUAUUCCUCAUACAAUCACUAGUGAUGCUGCUACUACUACAUCGACUUCGGUUGGUAAUAAUACUCAUAUACGUGACGUUCCUAAUCACCCAGGUGUACGUAGAAGUAGCAGAAUCAAGAAACCUGUUGUAAGACUUGAUUUAUAG